AUGUCUUCGGAUCUGGAGAGCUUGCUCGUUUCCCAAACCCACUCAAUUGACCAGCUCACAAGGGCGCUGGUCAACUUCAAGAAGCUUCCUAAAGCGCAGAUCACGCUUCCCAAAACGAAGGGGAGGCUGACGAACUUGGAGGCUCUGUGGGAGAAGAUUCAAGCCUUCCACAUCCAGCUGCUGCAGACGGCUACAGCGGAGGAAAAGAAGACGACCCCCUACUUCAAACAAGAGGGAUUUCUUGCCGCUGAGGAAGCCUACUUCGACGCAGCGGACCAUCUCCACGAGACCAUCGGUAAACUGAGUAGCGACGCCCCGAGCGCGCCGUAUCGAGGUAACGAGUCAUCAUAUCGCGACGCGCACACUAGUUUUUCACUGCAUCUGCCUCGUAUUUCGCUUCCGGAUUUCUCUGGUGAUUUCACGCAAUGGGAAAACUUUCGUGGCAUUUUUUUGUCCCUCGUCGACAAACACGAAUCAUUAACGAAAACGCAGAAAUUACAUUACCUGAAAGCGAGCCUCUCCGGCGAGGCUGCGAAAUUAAUCAGUAACAUACCUACAAAUUUCUGA